AUGCAGGAUGGCGGCUCCUCCUUGGUGUUUCCGGACCCAAAUCUUCGCGGCGCGUACAGAGUGCCCGCCAGAGCUCUCAACAUAGUCUGGGGGAAGGACCCACGUUACUGGCAAUGGAUCCCGCUCUUAGACCACCACGACAAGAGGGAAAGUGGGUUCGAGGACGAAGCAGCAAUGCUGGUUCAGGUGAACUGGAUCCAGGUGACGGGGAGGCUGCCGACGAGCUUGUUCGCCAGGAAGAAGUACGAGGUGGUGUGGGUGGUGAAGUUCAGGGUGGACGCAUUCGAGUGGCCGGUGAAGUUCAAGGUCAGGGAGGAGAAGGUGAGGAGCGUGGUGGUGGAGCCUUACCGGCAGAAGCAUGGGGUGUGGCAUGAAAUCUCCGGCGGGGAGUUCACGGUGCAGGCGGCUGGUGGGGUGGUGGAGUUUGGGAUGUAUGAGAUUGAAACCGAGUGGUGGAAGGGUUGCAUGGUUCUUGCCGGCGUCAAGAUUCGGCCUAAACCUUAA